AUGGUGGCAUCCGCACAUUGCCUUCAAAGGGACGGUGAACAGAAUGCAUGGACAGAUGCUGCGGAGUUCGAUUCCUCAAUCCGAUGGGCUCGAGUGUCAGAUCCCGACCUAAAGUCGUAUAUUUUAGACAAAAGACAGCAAACGUUUCGAGCUGAUUCCGAGCUACGGGAAGUUGAGUUUACUGUUGGUGGCGAAGCGUGGAUUAGUACCCGCAAUCUCCCGGAUGUGUCCAUCUGCUCUAAGCUUGGGCACCGUUACUGCGGACCAAUUUUGAUAGUCUAUCAGGUUCGCAAGGUUGCCGACAGCGGUGCCGCAUCAGCCACCUACGGAGUGGACUACACUGUGACAGAUAAGAGUGAGGGUGACUCCCUUUUGUAUCUCCUUAGAGAACGCGGCAAGCCAGAGGACCACGCCACCUGGAAGCAGACUCAGCCUUACAAAUUGCCGGCUUCCCUCCUCGCCUGGCAGCGUAACAACUCAAGCGACCCCGACAGAAAACUUGCAGUUGACCCCGCUGAUAGAGCACCCGACGGUCGCCAGGGGGCGAAGGCUGCUUGCAAGACGAAUGAAAGUGUAGUGCAGAACAAUACAGUAGCAAGGUUUGAGCAAAGAAAUAAAGACAUAAACGGAUACUUCCAAACAGAAAAAGUGUCAAAAAAUUAA